AUGACCUCGAUAGCCAACCUCCAGCGCAUGACGGCCAAGACGCUGUCGAUCAAGAUCCUAGAGGAGACUGCCACGACAGCAGUGAUAGAUGUUCGCGACGAUGAUUACAUUGGCGGCCACAUCAAAGGGAGCAUCAACGUCCCUAGCCGACAGUUCGACGCUAUGAUGCCCACGCUGGCCAGACGCCUGCUGGACAAGAAGACGGUCGUGUUCCACUGCGCCCUCAGCCAGCAGAGGGGUCCCAGCGCGGCGCUCAAGUACCUGCGCGAGAGGGACGGGGCUCUCAAGGCUCUGGGGUUGGAGCCGCCCCAGGAGCAGAGCGUCUCCGUCCUCCAGGAUGGCUUCACCGGCUGGCAGGAAGUGUAUGGGACCGAUGAGAGGCUGACCGAGGCGUACCAGAAGGAGCUCUGGGAGUCUGGGUACUAG